CCGUGUAUGGAAGGGAGGAAAAACCACAUUGACUCGUGGCGCUGGCUGUACACCAUCUGUCCUCCCUUCCUAUCCAUCUCCCUCUACGGCUGCCUUUUUAUUAUUACUCACCAUGCCUUCUUCUUUUGCCACAAGGCAGGCAUCCUAAUCCCAAAGGAAGGGAGAGAUCAAUGGCCAUGGACCAAGAGCUGCCGCUCGGGCUCGGCGACUUCUCCCUCUGGCCGCCGACGCCGCUGCUCCCGCCGGAUCUCCAAUCUACUUCUUACCCAGACCAAGAGAUCGUGGAGGAGGUGAGGCGGAGGCUGGCCGCGGCCACGGCGGAGCUGGAGGCGGCCAAGGAGGAGGUGCGCCGCAAGGAGCAGAGCAUCGCCGCCCUGGUGGAGCUCGUGCGCCGCACGGCCGAGGAGCGCGACCAGCUCCAGCAGCACCUUGACCAGCUCCGGCAGCACCUGCUGCUGGCCGCGACAACGUCAAGCAGCUGCGACUCAGGCGCCAGCGUCCCAACCUUCUCCCCGCCGGCCGCCUUGCUCGAGGCCAGCACCGCCGUUGACAGGAGCACAGCCAUCGCCAUAGAUAUCAGGAGCGCGCCAGUUGCCAUCGAUGACAACAGGACCGCGGCGGUGCUCGAGCAGCUGGCGGCCAAGAGGCCAUUGCCACAAAGGGGGCAGCUGCUGCAGGCGGUAAUGGAGGCAGGGCCUCUCCUGGAGAACCUGCUGGUGGCAGGGCCAGUGCCGCAGUGGCGCAACCCGCCACCUGUGCAGCCAAUCCCCAGCCCCGUCAUAUCGGCGCCUUCAGGCUCUCGUGCUCCCAUGGGUUGGGGGCCAUGGUAGCGGCUCUUCUCAUUUUCUACUCGUCGACGAUACUUCGGAAUUCAUGU